CAAAAAGCCGGCUCUCUCUGUAGUUUUCCAUUACUUCCAUCUUCGAAACAAACUCUCAAGCACUUCACGGCCGUCGCCCUUUAUAAGGCUUCACCUGUCGUCAAUUCUUUCAUCUCUCGCUCUCUCUAUCUCUCUCUCUCUCUCUCCCUCCUGCAACCUCCAUUCGUCUCGGUCCUUCGAUGGGCAAGAUCCAAAAGAACAACUCCGGCAAUCAGAAGAACGUCGACAAGAAUGACAGCAGCAGCAGCAUGAAGAUGAAGAGAACAAGAAGAAGUGUGCCGAGAGACUCUCCUUCUCAGCGUAGCUCUGUCUUCCGCGGUGUGACAAGGCAUCGAUGGACAGGUCGAUACGAGGCCCAUUUGUGGGACAAGAACUGCUGGAAUGAAUCCCAGAACAAGAAAGGGAAACAAGUUUAUCUUGGAGCCUAUGACGAUGAAGAGGCUGCGGCUCAUGCGUACGACUUGGCAGCACUCAAGUAUUGGGGCCAUGACACCAUUCUCAAUUUUCCUACAUCGGCAUACCAAGAAGAGCUCAAGGAUAUGGAGAAUCAGUCCAGGGAGGAAUAUAUUGGAUCCUUAAGAAGGAAAAGCAGUGGGUUCUCAAGAGGUGUCUCAAAAUACAGAGGUGUUGCGAGACACCAUCACAAUGGGAGAUGGGAAGCUCGGAUUGGUCGGGUUUCCGGUAACAAGUACUUGUAUCUUGGAACAUAUGCGACGCAGGAGGAGGCUGCGACCGCGUACGACAUCGCCGCGAUCGAGUACCGCGGCCUCAACGCCGUCACCAACUUCGACCUCAGCCGCUACAUCAAAUGGCUCCAACCCAAGGGGCUCGAUGCCGAGCCAGGCAGCCACGGCGGUGCAGCGCAGAGCAUGCAGCAGCAGGACGGGAUUAGCGUGAGGGGGAUCUCACAGUUCCCUGAACCAAGAGAAGCAGGAGUGGCCACAUCGUCUGCACUUGAUCUGCUGCUGCAGUCGUCAAAGUUCAAGGAGAUGUUGGAGAAGACAUCGGCAGAGAGCAGUAGUACGUCGUCAACACCCGGUUGUGAUGACAAGCCAACCGGGUGCAGUUUUCCGGACUACAUACAGACGUACUUCGAGUGCCAAGACAACGGGGGCUUCAUCGAGGAAGAAGACUCCAUCUUUGGGGAUCUCAGCACUUUGAUAUCCCCCAUCACCGAGUUCGAGCUCGACAUAUGAACAACACAAAGAAGAAUCUAUAAGGGUUUUUGGUGCUUGCGCCUCUGCUUCUCGUAGGUGAGUCUAAAAGGAGGCAAGCUGAGGCAAAAGGUAGACUACACAGAAGAACAGAAUAUAGAUAGUGGAAGAAGACAACUAUUUUUCUUUCUUUCUUUCUUUUUCCUCCCCAAGGAGAUGAUUAAGCUAAUUAUUGAUUCAUUUUUAUUUCCAAGCAUGUGGAUAGUGAUUGUUUUACCAUUGCCAACACA